AUGGGCAUUGUUUUUGCCGCCAAGUUUGUCGGCAGCGGCAAUAUCGAUAAACCACGCUCUAGAAUGGAGAUCAUCGCCUCGAUGAGGCGAAUCAGAUCAGAGUGCAAAAGCCGAAAGGAUAAGAAGAACAAGGUAAAAAUCACCGUCUCCAAUGAAGGCGUCAAAGUGUCACUGGCCUCAGGCAAAAAGACCAACUCAACAUUUUUUUUUCAUCCGAUUUUUAGAAUAUUCUACGUAUCGCACGAUUCUUUGGACUUGCAUGUGUUUUCUUAUAUUGUCCGACAAGAAAAUAUUUUCAAAUGUUUUGUUUUCAAAGCAGCAAAACAGUCAUUGGCAAUAAAUAUUGUGAGAACAGUCGGUCAGGCAUUUGAGAUUUGCCAUUUGGCAACAUUGGCCAUGAAUGAAGCCACCAUAAACAGUUCAGCUGUGGAACAACUCAAUGUCAAUUCUACUCCAGUGACAAUGAAGGAAUCAGAUGCCGAUUACACAAACUGUCGAGUUGAGAAGUACGAUGCCUCACUGGUGAACAGUCUUUCUCAAGGUUUCAGCACUGAUAUGCAAAUGCUGCAGAGAGUAGACUCCAAACUAGACAAACUUGCCGAUAAAGUGGAGUUGCUGGAGAAGCAGAUUACUAUUCUGCUGAAGAAUAUGGACGUCAAGAAUGCCGAUCACAAUGACAGCAGUGACGAGAGCAGUGGCAAGUCGAGCUGUCAUGAUAUUAACGAAACGAGCAAAGCAAAGCUGCUCAAAUACCUUGAUCAGAGCGCUGCGGAUAAGUUGGAAAGCAAAAGUGAAAAGCUGUCUUACCUUCUGUCACCCGAUUCUCUUCUCUCCAGUCCAAUUUUACAUCCUCCCAAUAACGGUUCUUGCCUUUUAUUUAACGAUUUGUACUGA